CAUUUGUCUCACAUAAUAAUACAGGCCCUCUCCUUCUCCCUCUUUCCAAAUCCUGACAAAAGUAUGCCUGAACAACCAUUCCUCCUCCUCUUCCUCCUCCUACUCCUCUCCUCCAUUCUCUCAUCCAAUGCCACUGCCACCGUCGCCGCCCGCCGAUUCAAGGAGGCCCCGCAAUUCUACAACUCCCCGGACUGCCCGUCCAUCGCGGAAAGCAACCGCAAAGUCGAAGACGACGCCGAGAAACCCGACGCGGAUGACGACGGCGUCUUCAUUUGCUCCGAGACGGCGGUCCACGUGGCUAUGACCCUCGACACCGCGUACAUCCGCGGCUCCAUGGCGGCGAUCCUCUCCAUCCUACAGCACUCCUCCUGCCCCCAGAACGUGGUCUUCCACUUCGUCGCCUCCGCCAACGCCCCACUCCUCCGCGCCACCAUCUCGGCCUCCUUCCCUUACCUCCGCUUCUGGCUCUACCGCUUCCGCGAUGCUGCUGUCUCGGGCCUCAUCUCGACAUCCAUCCGCUCCGCGCUCGACUGUCCGCUGAACUACGCCCGGAGCUACCUCGCCGACCUCCUCCCUCCAUGCGUCCGGAAGGUCGUGUACCUCGACUCCGACCUCAUUCUUGUCGAUGACAUCGCGAAGCUUUCAUCGACGCCGCUCGGCAUUAGCGCUGUCCUCGCCGCCCCCGAGUACUGCAACGCCAACUUCACAGCCUACUUCACGCCGACCUUCUGGUCGAACCCUUCGCUGUCAUCGACCUUCGCAGGCCGCACGCCGUGCUACUUCAACACUGGAGUGAUGGUGAUCGAUCUCGACCGGUGGCGACACGGGGACUACACGAAGAAGAUAGAGGAGUGGAUGGAGCUGCAGAAGAGGAUGAGGAUAUACGAGCUUGGGUCACUGCCGCCGUUCUUGCUGGUCCUGGCAGGGAGGAUUGCAGCAGUCGACCACCGGUGGAACCAGCACGGUCUCGGCGGGGACAACUUCCGGGGGCUGUGCCGGGAUCUGCAUCCCGGGCCGGUGAGCCUCCUGCACUGGAGCGGGAAAGGGAAGCCGUGGGCCCGGCUCGACGCGAACCGGCCGUGCCCAUUGGACGCACUCUGGGCUCCCUACGAUCUCUUGCAGACUCCAUUCUCUUUGGAGUCUUGAAAAGAAAGAUCAAACAUGUUGUCGAAGAUACUACGUCGGGCCUUCUUAGCCGGAGGAUCGAUAUCGGAUCGCGCGACACACGCCUCGUAUGGCGAUGAAUUACCCAUUACAUGCACACAUGAUUGGAGUGGAACUUCAAUUCUGGAUGGGGAAAAUUGCUGAUGAAGGCCAAGAUGGUUUUCACUUUGAGCUUCUGUUCUGAUCUUAGUUCAAAGAUAUGAAAGUUGUAGAUAUAUAAGAGGUCUUGAUGUGUUAUUAUGUACGAUGAUGGACACAAAAGCAAUAAAAUGUUCAGGAUGAUGCAGAGAA